AUGGUUUUUGCUUUAUCGGAAAUUGUGAGACCAAAGAUUUACAACUUGGAGCCUUAUCGUUGUGCAAGAGACGAUUUUAAAGAGGGUGUUCUUUUAGAUGCGAAUGAGAAUGCCAGUGGUCCAAUUCCGCAGGAUAUUGCCGAUUCCGGCUUGCACCGCUAUCCAGAUCCGCAUCAGAUUGAGUUCAAGAGUGCAAUGGCGAAAUAUCGUAACGACACCAGCUCGUUUGCCGAUUUGCCAGAAAAGCUGUCCGCAGAGAAUCUAUGUUUAGGUGUCGGAUCUGACGAAAGCAUUGAUGCCAUCAUCAGAGCUUGUUGUGUUCCAGGAAAAGAGCAGAUUUUAACCAUGCCACCAACGUACGGUAUGUACUCCGUUUGCGCCGAUAUCAACGACGUUGAGGUAGUGAAGUGUCCCCUGAUAACAGGGGAUAACUCAUUCCAAAUGGACACUGACGCAGUGCUGGAAACUCUCAAAAGAGAACCUUCCAUAAAGAUCGUCUUUAUCACUUCGCCAGGGAAUCCAACAGGUGCCAAAAUCAAAACCGAGAGGAUCGAAAAGUUGCUGCAGAACUGGGAUGCAGGUAUGGUGGUCGUCGAUGAAGCCUAUGUCGAUUUCUGCGGUGAAUCCACCGCGCCGCUGGUCACGAAAUAUCCUAAUCUCUGUGUUUUGCAAACCUUAUCCAAAUCAUUCGGUUUGGCUGGUAUUAGGCUCGGUAUGACUUACGCUUCCAAAGAGUUCGCACGGGUACUCAACUCAAUGAAGGCGCCUUACAACAUUUCCUCCGUUACUUCGGAGUAUGCUUUGAAAGCGGUUCAAAACGACAGCAUCCAACGGAUGGAACAGAAUGCCAAGUCAUGUAAAAAGGAGCAGCAGCGUCUGCUACAAAGUUUGACAGCACUAGACUUGGUUGACGAUCAAUAUGUCGGUGGCUUAGAUGCUAAUUUUUUACUUCUGAGGAUUAACAAGGGCGAUAAUAAAUUGGCCAAUAAGUUGUACCAAAAGUUGGCCACUGAGUCGGGUGUAGUGGUAAGAUACAGAGGUUCCGAAUUGGGCUGCGAAGGUUGUCUGAGGAUCACGGUUGGAACACCAGAGGAGAACGACCUUUUGAUCAGGGAGUUUGCCAGGCAGUUGGACGCUUUGAAAGAAACAGAGAGUGAUUAA